CCGUUUCUGUUGGAACCGGAAGUGCCUCUACGAGCUGCCACUUGUUGAGCUUGUCCUCACUGAGCUAACAUCGACAUGUCUGUUUGAAUGUCCUUUGUGCUGCUGUGGCUCUAACGUUGACUCAACAUGGAGUCGUCGGACACUUUCCUCAUCAGACCUCAUCAUCAGCACAAAUUUAAACCAGCCGUUGUGAAGGAGUGCAUUCGUGAAAUCGUGAGGGAGAAGCUGUCUGGGGUGCAGUAUGACCCAGAGGAGGUCCCACAGCUGUCCAAAACACUGGCAGACUCUGUUAAGGAAAAAGUGAAGAAUGCUGGAUUUGACAGAUAUAAGCUCGUUGUGCAGGUUGUCAUUGGAGAACAACGAGGACAGGGAGUCAAGAUGUCCUCCAGGUGCUUGUGGGAUGCUGACUCAGACAACUAUGCAGAAGAUAUUUAUUUGAACGACAGCUUGUUCUGUUUGGUGGCAGUUUUCGGAAGCUAUCAUUACUGAGGACGGGACGAGUUUACCAGGAUUUCCUGUCCUUGCAGGAUGAGAGUGGAAAGACUGGCCUCUAUUGUAGAUAAAGUGUAAUGUUGUAGAUCAAAGAAUGUUGGCUUUGACUCCUUAACUGUUGUUAACAUUGUUGACGUUAACAUGUUCCAAAUGGUGUUGAAAUAUUUGUUGUCACGUUGGGUGUGGAAAUCCUCAACAUGUUCAUGAAAUGUUAUUUUUUAUUGAAGAACACAACAGACGUUGACACCCAUCAGUGAAACUGUAACUUUACCACAUUUUAUUUUGAAAAAUUAUUUUAUUUAAAAGACCAGUUAUGUUUUUGAAAGUGAACAGAUUAAAAUUGUGUCUUCAAACUUU